AUGGCGCUGAUGAACGUCGUCUUCGACCAGCUGAUCGGGAGCUUCAACGGCGAUACCGGGACUCAGGCGACCUUCAACCAGUUACUCAACCGUUAUCGCCCGUUUCAGGCUCAACAACUACGUCAACAAGUUCUGCUUCCGGCGGAUUGGCAUCCGCAUGUCGGCCGCCAUCCGGCUGCACUUCCUGCGCUCGCUCUUUGCGCAGACGUGCUCGACUCGAUGCUGUCCGGGGCUGCCGCGAGCACCAUCACAUCUCGACCGCCAACACUGCAGAUCAGUGUCUCGGAGAAGAUGGACCCGUUUUUUUGGAGUACACGGCUAUGA